CUGUCAGAGUGUCAGUCAGUCACUCCCCUGACGUCGUUAACGUCGCACGUGUAGUAUUUAUGAUCCGUCCGGAGAACGCGCUACGUAUACGUAAAUAAUAUCCAUCCAAACGACAGAGAAAUUUAAAUGUUCAAAUUGGAUACAUUUAAUGAAUGUACGCGUGUAGACAAAAUCCUAAUUGAAGUGAUAAGUUAAUUAUUAAUCGUGUGUAACUGGUUAUUCUAACGAGGAAAAAACGCUCGUUAUUUUAAUACCUGCCUGCCUGGACAGAACGCCGUUGCCAGAUACGUAGUAUUUUUUUUUUUUUUUUUCUUUUUCUAUACUUGUCUAAUUUCGAUAUAAAUAUUCAUUGCGAACAUGAAUACAGGCGAAAGGUGAACAGUGGAUGCCGUAUACCGGAACGCAUAAUAAAAAAAUGAGUUCACAACCAAUCAUGGUGCCUGGUGGAGAACGUCGUACACAAUCUGAAUCUUAUUCUGUCUCAGUAGGAAAUCCUUCUGAGCCAUUCAAAACUAUGACCCCACCUAACGUCAGUCGUUCGCUUAGCAGUCCAGCCGGAGAUGAUAGACAACCUCGACAAAGCAGUGUUCAAGCUGGAUCAACACCACUGCCGAAACUACCGUCAUUAGAAUCACUCUCUACAAGUACAGUUAUUUCUACUUGUGCUCCAGCAUCCUCAACAGGUCCAGCAGCGAUGGGUGAAAGCUGUCCAAAGCUGGCUGACAAUUCGUCAGAAAAGUCUGGCGAAGCUGGAAAAUUGACUCGCAAGGAGUCCUACAAAGCACAGAGGAAAAAUUAUCGGAUGGAGAAAAAAAGAGUCGCCAAUGAACUCCUCAGCUCCCUUAAAGAUCCGACCGUCGUCGUCAUGAGCGACUGGCUCAAGGUCCGUGGCACGCUCAAGAGUUGGACCAAGUUGUGGUGCAUUUUGAAACCUGGAUUGCUGCUGCUGUACAAGAAUCCAAAGAUAAAGAGUAACAACUGGGUGGGAACCAUUCUACUCAACAUAUGUCAAGUAAUAGAGCGACCGAGUAAAAAAGACGGGUUUUGCUUCAAACUGUUCCAUCCACUCGAGCAAUCGAUCUGGGCGCCACGAGGUCCCGAAAAAGAAGCUAUUGGUGCUGUAGUCCAGCCUCUGCCCACAUCUUAUCUGAUCUUCAGAGCUCCGUCUCAAGCUGCUGGCAAAUGUUGGCUUGAUGCAUUAGAGCUCUCUCUGCGAUGUUCUUCGCUUAUUGUUCGCUCUAGUAGCGUUCUUCCUCGAUCACCUCAACAUGAUGCAACAACCACUCAUGAAACUCAGUGGAGCGAAGCAGAUUACGAAAAACAUUUCAAUGAUCAUGAACAAUUUCUGAGAGCUCCGCUGGUGACUCUACGGGAUUAUGCUCCUCCCUCACCCAAUACACCACAAAGGCGCCUGCUGUCUUGCCCCCAGCCUUUAUCUCCCAAAAUGCUGCACAUUCCAAAAAGUUUAUGCCCAUCUCCGACGCCGAUGUUCCAGCAAUUGUACCAUGCCGUAGCUUAUUGGGAGAAACAGCUGGACGCUAGAUCCGCGACUCCUGCCACAGAUCCCACUUCAGCGAUAUCGAGGGAUGGCUCAGACACAGCCGAAGGCUUGUCUGCUCCUCCGUCGCCGAUUUCUCGAUCCAGUCAAAUCUCCUUCUCCCGUCGCAUGACCAUUCCUUCUGUUCACGUCUUAGAGUAUGAGACCCGACACGUAGUAAAGCUAGAUCCUGUAUUCGCUUCACACACAGACCUUGACGAUGUCAGCCAGCCGGAGAAUGGUGUAGUCGCAGAUGCUGAAAUCAGCGCCUCUGACAGCGAGUCUGAACCAUCUGUCAAGGAGGAAGAACCUGAUCAAAUUCAUGAAACACCUUAUUCGGUUGUGGAAAACGAAGUACUUGGAUCGGCUGGCGAAGUGGUCACAGAAUUACAAGAUGAACAGAAAUCUCUUAUUUGGUUCCUGAUGAAGCAGGUCAGGCCUGGGAUGGACCUUUCUAAAGUUGUGCUGCCGACCUUCAUUUUGGAGCCCAGAUCAUUUCUAGAAAAACUAGCAGACUCCUACUAUCACGCUGAUCUUUUAUCCAAGGCUGUACUCGAGGACGAUGCUUUUACACGCAUGAAAGGUGUUGUAAAAUGGUAUUUAUCUGGAUUUUACAAGAAACCCCAGGGCUUAAAAAAACCCUACAAUCCACUGCUAGGAGAGACGUAUCGCUGUUAUUGGCAGCACCCCAAUGGAUCGCGAACUUUCUAUCUUGCUGAACAGCUAUCUCAUCAUCCUCCAAUCUCUGGAUUCUAUGUAACUAAUCGCCAAGACGGCUUUACAAUUAGUGCUACAAUUAUUGCCAAGUCUAAAUUCUACGGCAAUUCAACAUCGGCAGUAUUAGAUGGUGUGGCAGUAUUGACAAUGCUACCGAGAGGAGAGGAUUACACUAUGACUAUCCCAUAUGCUCACUGCAAGGGUAUUUUGAUGGGAACUUUAUCGAUGGAGCUGGGUGGAAAGAUUAACAUCAAUUGUGAGAAGACGGGAUAUCAGACGGAACUGGAAUUCAAACUGAAGCCAUUUCUGGGUGGCGCGGAACAGAUGAACCAAGUCGUCGGUAGGAUUCGACUUGGGAAGGAAACGCUUGCAACCAUUUCGGGCUACUGGGAUGGACAGAUUACCAUCACCGACAAACGGACAGGGACGGAGAGCAUCUUUUUCAAUCCGACAGCAGAGAUCCGCAAGAACAGAUUGAAGAAAUAUACCGUACCUUUAGAACAGCAGGGGCGCUGGGAAAGUGAAAAUCUGUGGCAAGCCGUCACUCACGCGAUUAACAAUGAUGAUCAGGUCGCCGCAACAGAGGCCAAAACUGUUUUGGAAGAAGCUCAACGAGAGCGUGCACGCGAAAGAAAACUACAAGGUCUAGAAUGGGUUCCAAAAUAUUUUGUACAGGAUAUAAUCUCAGGCAAUUGGAUGUACCGUCAUGCUGAUCUCCGCCCUUGGGAUCCCCGAAAUGAUGUGGUUCAGUACGAGUAUGACUACAUCGUUCGGACAAAAACAAAGCACAAAACGCCAAUAAUGCGGACCGGUAGCAUCAUCUCGGUUGAACCGCAAACUCAGAUGCCACUGCUGCAAGCCGAAUCUAGAUCGUCUUUGUCGGUAUUGAAGUCUUCAAGAAGGCAAUUGACUAACAACAUGCCUCUCACUGAAGCGGCCCAUGAUUCAGGCAGCUCCUCUGCAGAGUUCCAUUCUGAUUCUAGUCAGUCAGUAGGCAAAAGGCGACGAUCUACUGCUAAAAUAAUUGACGUUAUAAAAGAGAUGGAUUCGCGAUUACUUGAUAACGGGGAAAAGCUGAACAGAAUUCAGCAUAUCGUAGAGCAACUAGCUAUCAAACAAAGGGAACAAAAGGCAAACGCUUCGGAGACAAGGCCGUUGAGGAAUUUGUUGGACACUGGUAUUGUAAUAGUCGUGAUUUUCAUCAUACAGUAUCUUCUGAACUUAUGGAACAGCAGAUCGUUGGAAACAAAGGAGUGUGACAGAUGAGGACCAGCAACGGAGUGAUUGCCAUUAUUAGGUGUUGCAUUAAAUGCUUGACAAGACAACAGAAGCGUAUUCAUCUAAUCGAUACAAGGAUGCACUGUAUUAAAACUGCUAAAGGUGCAUUAAGUUCAAGCAGUAACUGUAUCUUCUAAUAUCCAAUUCCGAUUACGAUUUGAAAAAUUUUCGCAUCAAUAUUAAAAUCAUGAUAUUGAAUUUCAAAUAUGACAAUCAUAUCGAGCAGAGAUGUAUUGUUGACAUUAUUUUGUUCAUGUUGAGAAAAUCUAAACGAUAUAUCUCAAUGAUUAAAAAUAUUAAUAGUCGCUUUAAUCAGAUGCUGAUUCUUGAAUAAAAUUCUACAAAUAGCAUAAUCAUGUGCUACUGCUAGUUAAUAUUACGAAUACUUGAAUUAUGCACGUUUAUAUCUUAGCAAUCGAAAGUUUUCAGGCAUAAGUCAAAGAUCUACUUUCGUAACUGGCACACUAAGUCAGAAUUUAUUCUUCUCUUGAGAUACUCAAUAUGAUCUGCAACCGUAUUUAUAUCCAGAACAAUUGCAAAAGACACGAAUUUUCGGA